AUGUUGGGGAUAAGGUUUUUAAUCAAAACUUCAUCUCGAUCAUUUGCACAGAUACAGGGGGUUAAAAAAGCUAUAAUUGAUAUGAAAUUUUUGAGUUCUAAAAAUUUCAAUUCAUUUCUAGACGAUAUAGAUAUACCAAGAGCUUCUCUUCCAAUACUUGCUUACACACUUAAAAUUGCUAAAGAUGUUCCGAAAAAUAGUUUAAUAGAAGCAAGAGGCAAGCUAUAUCAGAUCAUAAGCGAAGUUGAGAAUAAUUUAAAUAAACUCGAUUCUCAAGGGGUACUCAAUUAUUGUGAAUGAAUUUCGGGCUCAGGUAAAUCAUUCAAUGCUUAUUAUUUACCACGAAAUAAAAAGAAAAUAUUGAUUUCUCGCAUAAAUGAGCUUAUAUCUAGUCAUUCUUUUAGUCGAAAGCAAAUUUUAUGAAUUUAUGAAAAUGUAGUCCCUUUAGGAUUUUUUAUUGAAGAGAUUAAAAAUGAAAUUGAAAAAAUUGUUAAUGACUCAUCAUCAUUAACUUUGGAAGAAAUUUCACAAAUUUUUAUUGGAUGUGGCAAACACCUUUUUUCUUCUGAAAAGUUCAUGAGCAGAAUCCUUCAGCUUAGCAGCCAAGAAGAGCUUGAUAUGAAAUCUUUGGCAAAAAUUUUGCAUUCAUUAUCAAAAAUAGAGUUCAAAGAAAGCUUUAAAAUCUUUGCAAAAGCUAUAGAAAAAACUAUUCCAAGAUGAAAAGAUAAUGAUUUACUUUUAGUUCUUGAAUUUUAUAAGAAUCAUAAUCGCUUUGGUUUGAAUACAUACUUUCAAGUAUUAGAGAGAGUUGAUAAACUGCUUGAAGAUGAACAGCCUAUUGAAUUUGUAAUUAAAUUGGCUUUUUUGUUGAAAGAAGAAUCAAAGAAUGUUAUUAUUAUCGAAAAAAUAAUUUCAAAAUGCUUUAAAAUAAUAAAGUCAAAAUUGUCUUGCAAAUUCAUAGGAGUAGAGAACUUAAAGGAAAUACUGGAUCUUCUGAAGCCAAUUAUUGAUUCCCAAACUGCCCAAUUAUUAGCAGAGCAAUUAAAGAACACAACUUCUUUGCCUGAUCAAAGUUUGGAGUUGUUUCAAAAAGCUACGAAGAUAUUCAUCAAUAACAAAGGAAAACUUAUUCCCUUACUCCCCCCCCCCAUCCUUGAUCGAACGAUUGACUGUAAAAUUUCCUAAAAAUUGGAGAAAUUAACCCCCAUCCUUGAUCGAACAAUUUUCAUAUCAUGCAAAUUUUUAUAUAUAUAUAUAAAAAUAUAUUAUUUAUCAAAAGCUAGGGAAGAUGUACAUAAUGAAGUUAUUUUCAGAGCUUUGAGAUGACAGAAAGCUGCGAAAUCAACCAUCCGAAGUGAUUUAAUCAUCAACCUAUGCUUAAAAACUCAAUAAUCUAAUAAAAUAGAGAUUCUUUAAAAUUUUUUAAAAAAAAUUAAUUUAAUAAGGAACAAAUUAAAAUUUAUACAGUUUAAAAGGGUAACUAAUAAAUCAAAAUAUUAAAAAUUGAUAUUUUAUGAAAUUAAUUCAAUUUUUAGCUGUAAAAACAAUUAUUAAAUACUCUUAACCCUCUUAUUUAAAAGUAAAUAAAAAAAAAUAUAUAUAUAUUUUUUAUUUUAUAUAUAAAAUUGUUUUCCCAAAAAAUUUUUUUUAACCCCCAUCCUUGAUCGAACGAUGAUGACGAGUCGUUCGAUCAAGGAUGGGGGGGGAGUUAACAGAUUUUAUCAUAGUCAAAAAACUUAUAAAUAUUGAUGGUACGAAAAUUAAAUAUCUUGAAUUUUCCUGCAAAUUAGAUAUUUUGAGAACCAUUGAAAGUUCAAAAGCAUCCCAGCUAUAUGGUCUGGGAAAAAUUAAAGACGUUUUGAUAGAUGACCUAAAAGUAUGGCUUUCUUUAAGAAGAGCUAAUAUUUCAAAAUUUUGCCAAUUGAUAAGUUAUAAUGACUAUAGUUCGAAAUACUCUAAAGUUUUAAAACCAUUACAGCAUGAGGUUUAUAAUUCCUUAAAAACAUGAGAUUCAAGUAUUAAUAGAUUAUAUUUUUCAAUGUUAUUUUACGAAUCUGAUCCUGCGAAGUGGGAAGAUUUUUUUAUUGAAAAUAAAAAAUUAUUUUCAUCAGAAGAAGUUUGAAAAGCAAUAAGAUUUUAUAAGGGAUCUUUUAAAGCAAUAAUUUUUAUAUUGCAAGCUUAUAAAAAUAAUCUUUCAACAAGAUGAAUAAGUGAGUCGAUGAAAAGAAUUAUUGAAGUGCAUGAUGCAGAAGUGCUUAAUGACUUUGCCCAGAUUCUAAAUAGGAUGGAUCCUCAUUAUUUAUUAAAUGAGGAAUAUAUUUAUCAACAAAAUCAAUGCUUUUCACAUCUAUUAGCAAAUUCUGACUUCAGCAUAAUGGAAGAUUUAUUUGCUGGUGCAUCCAACUUGCUAAAAGAUUCACCAAUUGAAACUAUUUUCAGUAAAAACAAUAUCAAAAUCUUAUUCCUUGCAGCAAUUUUAGGAAAACUAGAUGCAGAACUAGCUGAUAAAAUUGUCUCUAAUUAUGCUUAUAUGAAGAAAACUGAUUGAUGGAGCAUAUUAGCGAUUUCUUCAAAAUGCUCUGAUAUGAAGCUAAGGGAAAGUCUUAUAAAAAACAUUUUUAAUGAUAAAUUAGAGCCUCGAUUCAUUAUCAGAGCAAUUGAUAAAUAUUGAUAUCAUCCAGAAACUAAAGAAAUUGAUAGAUUUAUUAGCAAUUUUUUAAAUAAAACCAUUUCAAAUUUAGAGCGAUCAAAUGGGAUUUUUUAUAUGAUAGCGAUGCUUAGGAGGCUUUGAGAAGUGAAUAUAAAUCAGCAUUUAGAUCUUUUUAAGACGAUAUCAUCUCUAACAAAGAAAUUGAUUUUGCAAAAUAUUGGAUAUUUAAAUUUUACAGACCUUGACUUCAUGCUUAAUUUAGCCAAUAAGGAAAUGUUUGAGGAUUUAAAUUUUGGAUUUAUAAUAUCGAAAAAUAACAUCAAUUCUAAAUAUCAAAAUAGUGAAAGCUCGAGAGAUAUGCUGAUUGAAAAAAUGAAAACUGUUGGGAUAUCUAGCAAAGAUGCUGUUUUAGCUGUUUGCAAUAAUGCAGAUAACUUUAGUUCAAGCUAUCUGGCAAGGACGAUUUCAUGUUUGGCAGAUUUAAGAUUUGAAAAGCAGAAAUGGGCAACAGAUAUGGCCCAAAAUCUCAUAUAGUUAUUGCCCGAGGAUGGCGCUAUCUUGCGCCAUCCUCGGGCAAUUCAAAAAUGGCCCCACACUGGGAUCGAACCCACGUGUGGGCCAUUUUUGUUAUAUGGAAAACAUCGACUUCCACGCACUAAAAAAUGGCCCCACACGUGGGUUUCGAUUCCCGGUGUGGGGCCAUUUUUUAAAUUGCCCAAGGAUGGUGCAAGAUAGCCCCAUCCUCGGGCAAUAACUAUAGAUUAUGCUGAGAAUAAAGAAAUUGUAUUUCAAAAUGACUUAGAGCAUAUAAACUGGAUAUACGGGCUGAUUUCUUUUAACGCAGAUAAAUCAACUAUAAUGAGACAUAUAGAGAACAGCCAAUAUUUUGACUGUGAGCAGCCUACUUUCAAACACUUUUUACUUGCAAAUCAUAUUAGAAUGGACCCAGAUUUUAAAGGAGUAGAUAUUCUUGAUCAAAAAACUCGACAAUACUGGCGUGAGUUUGAUUAUUUCAACUAUUUUGGAAUUGAUACGUCGUUCAUCAAUCUUAUAAAAUCAGCAUUGAAUAAAAGCGAUUUUACUGUAAAAACUGAGUCAUUUAUAGAUGGGAUUUGAUUACCAUUUUACAUUCCAAAUAGAAAAAUAGUCUUGUGGCCUAAAACAAACUCUAUAUUUUUAUAUCAUUCAAAUAAUUUUAAAGGAGAAUUCAAUAUGCAUAGAAAUCAUAUACUUCGAAAAUUGAAUGAUGUGCUUAUCCUUAAUAGAGAAGACGUAAAUCAGAUAGAAAAAUUAAAGCAAUUUCUUAAUAUUUAA